AUGGGUGUGCUGUUAGGGUAUCGCUUGUUCCAGCUGUUGAUGCUGCCGCUAGUGGGUGCAGCGGCAUCUGCAGCAGCUGCACUGCCUGGCUGCCGAACGAGAUGCGGCAAGGUUGACGUCCCCUACCCUUUUGGCAUCGGUCCUAACUGUUCGAGGGAAGGCUUCUCACUAGAUUGCAACACAACGGCUGAUGGCCUCGAGAAACUCUUUGUGUUCAACGUCGAGAUCACCGAUAUCUCAUUGCUACUAGGCCAGGCACGCAUGCUCAAUGAAAUAUCGUGGCAGUGUUACAACGUUAGCGACAAUUCUAUCGACUACUAUGUCUGGUCUCUGAAUUUCACCGACACACCAUACAGAUUCUCCGACGUCCACAACAAGUUCACUGUAAUCGGCUGCGACACCCUCGCCUACAUCGGAGAUUUCGAAAGGGCCGACAGCUACCAGAGCGGUUUCGUGUCUGUGUGUCACAACGAGGUGAGUUUGGUCAACAGCUCAUGCUCCGGCAUCGGCUGCUGCCAAACCUCCAUCCCCAAGGACCUCACAUACUAUGAGGUCUGGUUUGAUUCAAAUUUCAACAGCUCGAGCAUCUGGAACUUCAGUGACUGCAGCUAUGCCGUAUUGUUGGAGGCGAAUCAGUUUGAGUUCCUAACAUCUUACGUCACAACGACCAAAUUCUGGUACAGCAGAAACGGCACGGCACCUAUGGUGGUGGAUUGGGCGAUCGGAAACGAGACAUGCGAGGUAGCACAGCGCAACAUAACCUCCUACGCUUGCAUCAGCGAGCACAGCGAGUGUUUGAACUCUUCCAAUGGUCCUGGGUAUCUUUGUAACUGUUCGAGUGGCUACCAUGGCAAUCCUUAUGUCGCUCAUGGCUGCCAAGACAUCGACGAAUGUUCUGAUAAAUAUCGAUAUCCUUGCCAUGGCAUCUGCCAGAACCUGCCCGGUAACUACAGUUGUUUCUGCCCGCGAGGUACAUAUGGUGAUGCUUUCACUGGAACAUGCACCCAACAGCAGAAACUUCAAUCAUCAGCAAAGGUGGCUGUAGGUGCAGCGGCAUCUGCUGCAGGUUCACUGCAUGGCUGCCGAUCAAGAUGCGGCUUUCCACUAGAUUGCAGCACAACAGAUGAUGGCCUCGAGAAGCUUUUUGUGUUCAAUGUCGAGAUCGUCAACAUCUCACUGCCACUGGGGCAGUGUGCAAAUCGAGAGAUGGGUGUGCUGUUAGGGUAUCGCUUGUUCCAGCUGUUGAUGCUGCCGCUAGUGUGUGCAGCGGCAUCUGCAGCAGCUGCACCGCCUGGCUGCCGAAGGAGAUGUGGCCAGGUUGAUGUCCCCUACCCUUUUGGCAUCGAUCCUAACUGUUCGAUGGAAGGCUUCUCACUAACUUGCAACACAACGGAUGAUGGCCUCGAGAAACUGUUUUCGACCAACGUCGAGAUCACCGAUAUCUCAUUGCCACUAGGCCAGGCACGCAUGCUCAAUGAAAUAUCGCGGCAGUGUUACAACGUUAGCAACAAUUCUAUAUACCACAACACCUGGUCUCUGAAUUUCGUCGACACACCAUACAGAUUCUCCGACGUCCACAACAAGUUCACUGUGAUCGGCUGCGAGACCCUCGCCUACAUCGGAGGUUGGGAAAGGAACGACAGCUUCUGGAGCGGUUGCGUGUCUGUGUGUUACAAAGAGGAGAGUUUGGUCAACAACUCAUGCUCCGGCAUCGGUUGCUGCCAAACCUCCAUUCCCAAGGACCUCGCAUACUAUGAGGUCCAGUUUGCUUCCAAUUUCAACAGCUCGAGCAUCUGGAACUUCAGUCCCUGCAGCUAUGCCGUAUUGUUGGAGGCGAAUCAGUUUGAGUUCCUAACAUCUUACAUCACAACGACCAAAUUCUGGCACAACAGAAACGGCACGGCACCUUUGGUGAUGGAUUGGGCGAUCGGAAACGAGACGUGCGAGGUAGCACAGCGCAACAUAACCUCCUACGCUUGCAUCAGCGAGCACAGCAAGUGUUUGAACUCUUCCAAUGGUCCUGGGUAUCUUUGUAACUGUUCGAGUGGCUACCAUGGCAAUCCUUAUGUCGCUCAUGGCUGCCAAGACAUCGACGAAUGCUCUGAUAAAGAUCAAAAUCCUUGCCAUGGCAUCUGCCAGAACCUGCCCGGUAGCUACAAUUGUUUCUGCCCGCGAGGUACAUAUGGUGAUGCCUUCAAUGGAACAUGCACCCAACACCAGAAACUUCCAUCAUCAGCGAAGGUGGCUAUAGGUACUGGCAGUGGCUUGAUCUUCCUACUAAUAUCCGGCAUGUGUAUCUAUGUGAUUCUUCAAAGAAGAAAAUUAAUCAAGAUUAAGGAAAGAUAUUUUAGAGAACAUGGAGGUUGGAUAUUAUUGGAAGAGAUCAAGGCUAAAGAAAGAAGCUUUAGAGAACAAGGCCUUGCAUUUAAGAUAUUUGCCAAAGAAGAAUUAGAAAAAGCUACAGAGAAGUAUGAUCAGAACCGAGUCCUUGGCAGAGGAGGGCAUGGUAUCGUUUACAAAGGAGACUUGGAGGACAGUCGUGUCGUUGCCAUCAAGAAACCCAAGAUCAUUGAUGAAAGCCAAAAGAAUGAAUUUGGAAAAGAGCUGCUUAUUCUGUCGCAGAUCAACCACAAGAACAUAGUCAAGCUCUUGGGUUGUUGCUUGGAAGUGGAGGUUCCGAUGCUGGUUUAUGAGUUUGUCUCGAACGGGACCUUGUUCCAGCUGAUUCACGACAACAACAGGGCAUCUCCCUUUUCCUUGGCCACUCGCUUGAGGAUCGCUCAUGAGUCUGCCGAAGCUCUGGCCUACAUGCAUUCAUCAGCUUCGCCUCCCAUCAUUCAUGGUGACGUGAAGUCUUCCAACAUCCUUUUAGAUGAAACCUAUACAGCAAAAGUUUCUGACUUUGGAGCUUCGAAGCUGGUUCCAAAAGACGAGGAUCAGUUUGCUACCUUGGUGCAAGGGACUUGUGGUUACUUGGACCCAGAGUACCUCCAAACCUGCCAGUUGACAGAGAAAAGUGAUGUUUAUAGCUUCGGCGUGGUGCUUCUGGAGCUGAUGACCCGCAAGAAGCCAAUUUAUUUUGAAGCAUCUGAAGAAGACAGGAGCCUCGCAUCAUGUUUUAUUCUGGCGACGAAGGAGAAUCGACUUAUGGAGAUCUUGGAUGAUCAGGUGAGAAACGAAGGGGAUACGGAACUGAUUCGAGAAAUGAGCGAGCUCGCAAAGCAAUGCUUGAAGUUCACGGGAGAAGAAAGGCCUACGAUGAAGCAAGUGGCGGAAGAGCUCGACAGGUUGAGAAAAUUCAAGCAGCACCCGUGGGUACCGCAGAAUCUUGAGGAGAUUGAGAGCUUGCUCAGUCAACCAUCGGUUGACCAUGAGACAUAUUAUCAUGGAAUCGAAACCACUACUAGCUAUAAUCCAGAGAAAAGAUUGGGAUUGGACAUCGAAUAUGGAAGAUGAUGAUCUGGUGCAUGCCCAAACUCUCUGGUUCUCGAGGCUUCUUGAUGCAAUCGUGAAUUGAUGCUGCUGCUAUGUGUACUUGUGAUCGUGUGCGUUUGUGCCAGUGUAUAAUAGCGAAGAAUAUUUAUUAAUAACUACAGAUAAUCUCUGUCAUUUCCUUGCUGGAAUAUGUUGUGUGUAAGAAUAAGGUUAUCCCAAUAAAUAUUAUCAUUUCAAACA